AUGGCGGAGAUUUCACUCAACGUGAGAGCAUACUGUAAAAUAAUACUCCAUGCUGCCAAAUAUCCACAUGCGGCUGUUAAUGGAAUACUCCUGGCAGAGGAGAACAAAACGAAACAAUCAAAAUCACUGAAAUUUGUAGAUUGUAUUCCAUUAUUCCAUAUAUCAUUGAGUUUAGCUCCCAUGCUGGAAGUUGCCCUUUUACAGAUUGAUGGGUAUUGUAAAAGUAAAGGUUUAGUCAUUGGUGGUUAUUAUCAGGCUAAUUCUAAUUAUGAAGAUAUGACGUAA